UGGUAGGACGUCUUUGGCUGCCUCCCCUUCAAAAUAAAAGAGAGAGUUCAUGCACCUGAGGACUCUUCAAGGAAGGAGCCAGAAGAGGUGGAAGCUGUUCUUAGCUCAGUCAUUGACUUGGAGUCCCUUCCCUUCUGUCCUUCACUUUGGUUGAGACAGUGAAACCGCUUUCCAGCUAUAAAUUUCAGGGGCCACCGUCUACCUCCUAGGAGAGACCUUUACCAUCACAUGUCACGGAUUCGCCUUGAAUAAUCUCAACAGUUAGUUACCAACACUUGCUCUGGAUUGAAGAACUGACAAUGCGACUUUGGGUCUUGGCACUUUCAACAAUUCUGGUACAUUCCACAGCAGCCAAGUUUAGCAAAUCAUCCUGGGGCCUGGAAAAUGAGGCUUUAAUCGUGAGAUGUCCUAGGCAAGGACGAUCUCGAUACCCUGUGGAUUGGUAUUACUCAAAAACCAACAAAUGUAUCACUACCCAGAAAAGAAAUCAUGUACUUGCCUCAGGGGAACGUCUUAAGUUUCUCCCAGCCAAAGUCAACGAUUCUGGAAUUUAUACUUGCGUUAUCAGAAGCCCUACCUUCAAUAAGACUGGCUAUGUGAACGUCACCAUAUAUAAAAAACUGCCAAAUUGCAAUAUUCCAGAUCAUCUGAUGUAUUCGACAACACUUGGAUCAGAAACAAAUUCCAAAAUAUAUUGUCCUACGAUUGACUUGUACAAUUGGACGGCACCUAUUGAAUGGUUUAAGGAUUGUAAAGCUCUUCAAGGACCAAGGUAUCACACACACAAGACAUUUUUGCUGAUUGACGGUGCAACUAGCAAGGACACAGGUGAUUAUACAUGUAAAUUUAUACACAAUGAAAAUGGAGUCAAUUAUAGCGUGACAGCGACCAGAUCACUCACAGUGAACGAUGAAGAAGGCUUUUCUUUGUUUCCAGUAAUUAUAGCCCCUCCACAAAAUGAAAUAAAAGAAGUGGAAAUUGGAAAACCAGCAAGCAUACCCUGCUCCGCUUGCUUUGGGAAAGGCUCUCAGAUCAUGGCCGGCAUCCUGUGGAAGGUGAAUGGAAGCAAAGUUCAGAACUUUGGAGAACCAAGAAUUCACGAGGACCGGGAGCAAAAUCAAAGGUAUUUUUAUACUGAAGUUAAAACGUCCCUUCCUCCUCCCACACAAUUUGCAACUGCAAAGCAAGUAUUAAAGGUAACAGGUUGCCUCCUUAGUUCCAGCAAUGAGUUGACUUGUCUGAGCACCGUUUUAAAAAUAGAGCCUGUGAGAGAAGAAGACUUAUCUGUGGAGUAUGACUGCCUGGCUCUGAAUUUGCACGGUUGGACACGGCACACCAUAAGACUAAAGCGGAGAAGUCCAAUUGACGAUCAAAGUACCUACCACAUACUGACAGGAUUUAGCAUCUUGUUAAUGCUAAUCAAUAUCAUGGUGAUAACGCUAAAAGUGUUCUGGAUUGAGUUUAUUCUGCUCUGGAGAGACAUAGCUAGACCUUACAAAAGUAGGAAUGAUGGAAAGAUCUACGAUGCUUACGUUAUCUAUCCGCGGAACUAUACAAAUAGUCCUGAGAAGGCCAGUGCUGUGGGAUAUUUUGUUUACCAGAUUCUGCCUGAUGUUCUGGAAAAUAAAUGUGGUUAUAACUUAUGCAUUUACGGGAGAGACAUGCUACCUGGAGAAGAUGCAGCCACCUCAGUGGAAACCAGCAUACGAAAGAGUAGGCGGCACAUUUUUAUCCUGACUCCUGAAAUCACUCACUGCAGGGAGUUUGCCUACGAGCAGGAGAUCGCCUUGCACAGUGCCCUCAUCCAGAACGACUCCAAGGUGAUUCUUAUAGAAUUAGAGGCUCUGAGCAAGCCAGGAGGGAUGCAGUUUGGGGAGCUCCAAGAUUCCCUCAAGCACGUCGUGGAAAUGCAAGGUACCAUCAAGUGGAAGGAAGAUGAUGUGGCCAACAAACGGUCCCUGAAUUCCAAGUUCUGGAAGCACGUGAGGUACCACAUGCUUGUGCCAAACAAACCCUCAAGGAAGACAUCCACUUGGGCUUCCCUGAGUACCCAGGGGCAGUAGCGCUUGCUUUGAUGUGCUGGUGCACCAGAUUUCCUAGAUCUGCAUUCCUUCUGGCAGGAUUACGCCCUUGGGCCAGACACUGGAGCAGAGGCAUGAGAAAUGGGGACAUGUCAAGGGUGUUCAGGCCUCAGGUUUCAUCUAGCAACUUUACUUCCAUUUUCCUGAUUCUGGGUGGAUGCAAAAUGCCCCGAAAUUUUUAUCCUCGCUCCCCCUCUCUUCACCCCACAUUUCCUUCCCUUUCUCCUUUUGCUGGUCUUUCUCCAUAAGACCUAGGAUCUUUUCACUAUUCUUUUUUUCCCUCUUUCUCUCUCUUUCUUGUUCUCCUGCCCCGUUUUCCUGGUCAAUAUUCUACAUUUUGAACCAACAAAAAGCAUUAGAGCGAAAUUUUCAUGUAACCAUGAAGAACACUCCGAUUCCCACAAGCAGAAUAUUAGCUGCAAAUCUUGUUUCCAACCUACCAAAAAUUAUAUUUUAUUUUAAUGGGUGCUAAGUUUUAUCAUCUCAAUAUUGUGGAUACCAUUGGGGUCCCUUACCCAACUGCCAUUACAAUCAGUAUUUGAAGUUCUAAAGUCGCUUUGAUAUAUUUUUAUUUUCCUUAGAAAUAUUUUUUUCUCACUCUAAAAGUUACAGAAGAACAGAAAAUAUCAAAGAAGAAAAGAGUGAGCAUUAUCUACAAAUCCAUCAUCCUAAGAUAAUGACUUUUAAACAUUUGGGUAAAUUUGUAUUUAAAAAUUUUUAACUUGUACUUAAAUGUUAUGUUAAUAUAGCUGAGCUCGCACAGUGUGUAGGGUUUAUACAUUUUUUUCUACUUAACAUCAUAAUAAAAACAUUUGACAUGUCACUUAAAUUUUAACAUUUUAACUAUUCAUAGAGUUCUAUUUCACAGUUGUGCCACAGCUGACAUGCCUAAUUAGUUAUUGUUGUAUACUUGAGUUGUGUUGAGUUUAAAUAGCCAUCAUUAUAAGUAAUUUUGCAAUGACCAUACCAGCAUAUUUUAUAUUCCCCAGUUACAAUUUUUGAACUUAAAACAGUGUUUGUUUAUUUAUUUUGAGAGAGAGAGAGAAAGAGAAAGAGAGUGGG